AUGGAUACUAAGAAUACUUACGAGCUGACUAUCAAGGAUGGCCAGGAAAUAUCAGCAGAGCUAGGGGAGCAAGCUACGAUUACGGAUUACUACAUUGACCCCGAAGAAGAGAAUAAGCUUGUAAGAAAAUUGGAUAGGCGUUUAUUGCCUAUGCUUGCGUUUAUGUAUUUUCUUUCGUCGUUGGAUCGUUCCAAUAUUGGUAAUGCGUACACCUCGGGUAUGAAGGAGGACCUGGCUCUCACAUCCCGCCAGUACUCUAAUGCGGUAUCGGUAUUUUACUCAACAUACUUGGCUGCGGAACUGCCUGCCGUUUGGUUGUUGAAAAUCGCUAAACCUCGUUACUAUAUGUCAGGGCUAGUAUUUGCGUGGUCCAUGAUAACGUUGUUUAGCGGCUUUGUACAGAGCCACAAAUCUUUGUUGGCCACAAGAGUGCUCUUGGGGGCUUUCGAAGGUGGGUUUUUCCCCGCGAUGACUCUUCUCAUUACCAUGACCUACAAGCCUGAAGAGCAGGCUAAGAGAAUAGCGUUCUUCUUCGGUUCCUCCGCCUUGUCAGGAGCUUUCGGAGGGCUCAUCGCCACUGGUUUGGCGUCUGUCAAGAAUGCAGGUGGGCUAGAGGGCUGGAGGUGGCUUUACAUCAUCGAGGGUCUUAUCUCGGUGGGAGCUUCAGUUUGGCUAUUUUUUGGUCUUCCCGACAAUCUAGAGCACUUGACUUUCUUGAAUGAAAAAGAGCAGGCAGUUAUGGCCUUGAGGUCCAAGCAACGAAUCCAAUACAUGGGAGCGAACCCUGCAUUUAGCUGGAGUCAAGUGCUGCUAGCGUUCAAAGAUCUCAAGACUUAUUUUGCGUUCACAAUCCAAUUCUGUCAGGAUAUUAUUCUAUAUGGCUUCAGCACUUUCUUGACUGCAAUCCUCAAGCUGGGUUUGGGAUUCGGAUCAAGAAAAGCUCAAUAUAUGAGUGUACCGGUGUACAUUCUAGCGGCCAUAGUGUUCAUGAUUUCAGCGUACCUGAGUGAUCGUUUCAAAGUUAGAGGACCGAUUUUUUUCGCCUACAACCUGUUGGGAGCAGCUGGUUAUAUUAUUCUACUUUCUGUCAAGAAUGACGCGGUCAAGUACUUUGCUUGUUAUUUGAUAACGUUUUCGCUUUACACAGGAACCGGACUGAACAUUACUUGGUUAACCAACAACGUUGCGCCACAUUACAAGAGAGCGACAGCUUUAGGAUUGAACCAGACUUUGGGCAAUCUGUCCGGUGCUAUUGUAGGACAGGUUUACACGAAAUCACCUUAUACUUUCGGAAACUCUUUUUCUUUAGGGUGUAUUGUACUGUCAAACAUAUUGACGUUACUUCAAGUAAUGUGGCUAACGAAGUUGAACCGGGAAAAGGCUGCUAUACUUGCGGGUACCAAAGAAGACAAGAAGAAGGAAAGAAUUGGAGACGAAGCUCUGGACUUUAAAUAUUGCUUGUAA